UAUUUAUUUACACACAUUCAACUUGGCACAAUAUAUUUAAACUUGGCCCAGUGAGCGCAGCACUACAACGAUAAAUCAUAAAAAAAAACCAAACGUCAAAUGCAAGUCAAUGACAUGGACGCUUUCAAUAUUACCGAUCGAUAUGUAGCCCCUGUUUUGAUUAGAAACUUAUAAUCGUAAUUUUAAGUGUUUUGUUUUGAAGCAGUUGUUAAUGUGUCCUUAUUACCGUAGUGAUUAAAGACGUAACUGUAACAUAAUGGAGGAGUUGCACUCGUGUAGCUGCUGCCUGGAGCGCCCUCCAGAAAAGGGGCUCAAGACUCUGUAUAAACAUCUCGGCAGGACAGAGAUAUAUUACGACAUGCUGAGAGACUGCUUCGAUAUUAAUCUUAGCUUAGGAAAUGACGAAUGCGGGAUCUGCGAAGUGUGCGUGGGGCGGCUGCGGGACGCGAGCGACUUCAAGCUGCAAGUGCAGCGCAGCCAGGCUCAGCUGCGCGCGCGGCUCAAGGGAGUGCUCACUGCCAGUGACAAAUUGAAAAUCAAGUUGGAGAGAGCUUCUGGAGACGUCGCCAUAAUUCCAGGUGAAAUCAAGCUGGAAAAAUCCGAAGUGGAGAUGGCUGAUGGUGAGGUUGUAUCAGUGGCAAUAUACGGCGGGCCGCCAGCGCCAUCAGCGCAACCCGUCCCCACCGCGUCCCGCAUCUCCUUCAAGCCGGCGCCCAGCGUCACCAACCUCGACGACUCCGACCCGACUCCUCCCAACCGCGGCACCAUACACACCUGCGACAUAUGCCACAAGUCGUUCGACCACCAAGCCCGAUUAAAGGUCCACAGGCGGUCUCAUACUGGAGAAAAGCCUUACUCAUGCAAAGUAUGCAACAAAAAAUUCGCUCAAAAGAGCAACUUAAACGCUCAUUUCGCAUACCACAUGGGUGACUACAAAUUCUCCUGCGAGUUAUGCGACACGCGAUUCACCCAAAAGUCUCACUGGGUUAAACAUAUGCUUAUACACACUGGCGAGAAACCGUACGCUUGUGAUAUAUGUAACAAAAAAUUUAGACAAAAAGGAAACUUAAAUGUUCACAAAAAAAUUCAUUUGAAAAAUGAUAUAGAGCCUGGAGAAAUAACUGCGCACAAGAGAGAGUCAGAUGAAUUUAAAGAUCGAGUUCCCACUGAAUUUUUCACAUGUGAUAUAUGCAAAAAGCAAUUUGCAGAAAAAAGCAACUUGAACGCACAUUUAAAAAAUCAUUCUGGAGAUUAUCCAUUCACUUGCGAAAUCUGCGAAAGGAGAUUCAAUACACAGUCUGGCUUAGAUGUUCAUAAAUUUGAUCAUACGGGGGGAAAACCGUUCUCAUGUGACGAAUGCAAUAAACAGUAUACAACAAAAAGUGCUUUAAGACUUCACUCAAGAAUUCAUACCGGAGAUUAUAGGUACGCAUGCGAUGUAUGCAGCAAACGAUUCAUACAAAAAGAGGUCUUAAGGCAACACAUGCGCGUGCACACAGGUGAGAAGCCUUACACCUGUGAAAUAUGCCAAAGGAAGUUUCCAUAUAGAUGUGGCUUAAAGAGUCAUUUGUUAGUUAUACAUAAUCAAGUCAUGAACAACCCCACCAAACCUAUUCCGACCUUUAUAUGUGAACACUGCAACAAGCAAUUUUCAAAUAAACCCGCAUUAAAAAGACAUGUACUAACACACACUGUAGGAAAACAAUUUUGUUGCGAUGUUUGUGGCAAACGUUUCGCCAUAAAGAGGACUUUAGUUAGACACAUGGAUAAACACGCCCAGAAGAAAGACGGAGAGAAAGAACCUGAAGACCCAAAACCAUACAUGUGUGAAAUAUGUAGCAAACGGUUUUCACUAAAGAGCACCUUAAGAAACCAUAGAGAAAUACAUAAUGAAGAAAGACCUUUUGAGUGCGAAGUGUGUCAUAAGAAAUUUAGAAUGAAGAAAUGUUUGCAAGAUCACAUGAAGGUGCAUGAAGACUUUAAACAACAUUCAUGUGAAGUGUGCGGGCAGCAAUUCAGACAUAAGUCUGCCUUGACAGUUCAUAUCAGACGAAUGCACUCAGAAAACAGGCCACAUAUUUGCGAUGUUUGUAAGAAGGCUUAUCCAGUUCUUGCCGAGUUAAAAGCGCAUUAUCGAGUACACACUGGUGAGAGACCGUAUGCUUGCGAAGUAUGCUACAAGAAAUUUCCACGACAUGAUGGAGUCCGGAGACAUCUUAUACGAGUUCAUCAUGAGAAACCUUCAAAAUAUAUUAAACUAAAAGAAUUUAAUAAUCCUAACUGAAUUUAAAGAGCGUUAUCAUGUUCAUACUUAUGAAAGGCCUUAGUGAUAUCAUAAUGUUGGAAAACAACAGUAUGGAGAAUACUGUGGUGUCAAAAAUGACCUUCUGGGGAUCUUUACAACUCAUUUGAUAUUAACACGAUAAUAUUUGAAAAUUGCGAAAGAAACUCAGGUGCAUAGAAACUGGUUAUUUCAUAUUAACGUUUAUUAAAGUAGUUUUACAACUCUGAAUGGCAUGACUGCUAUCGGCGUUUUAUGUUAAUCGUUUCGGUAAAUUUGAGCGAUACAACACACAGUCAAUGUUUGCUUUCUAAAUACACUAGUUUAUAAGAAAACAUGUUAAGUUUUCCUGCGUUAGUUGUGCUACGACAUAUAAUGUUACUUUGUUCAUAUUGUAAUAUUUUCAACUCUAAAUGUCUAAAGCCUAGACUAGAUUUAAGCAAUACCUAUAUUUAAUGCCUUUGAAUUGCUUCAACGUUAAAUUAGUCUACGUCAUACAAGUACAUUAAUGUUAAAAAUCGGCUUAAUGUCUUUUUUUGAAGGGCAUAGGUAAUAUUUUAAGUAUAAAAAAGAAAUUGUUAUUAUUCAAAUACAAUAUUUUUAUUAUUUUUUUAUUGUGUUAUUAUACUAACAUGUUUUUUAGAUAAAGUUGUUUUAACUACCUAUGCUAAGAUUUAUUUAUAUUGUAAAAGUAAUCCAAUUUUUUGAUAGAUAACAUUUAAUACACACAUUAUUGUUUUAACUACAAAUGCAAUGUUUAAGUACAGGCUAUUAGAAUACUACUUGAUGGUGACUACGACUAUUUUUAAAGUACCUAGUCCUAAAUUAUUUGGCAAAAACUAUGAUCAAAGUAAAGCACAAAAUAUUAUUAAAAAAAUAUUAUUUAUUUAAAUAUUAAAAAUAUCUGUAAAUCUAUUAUCAUCUUUUUAUUUGUGCUGCACCUUCAAUUUUUUUCCUUUUACUUUGUUUACAGUUGGUUUAAUAUAAACAAGUAGGUAAAUUUUUCCUUGUUGUUCAUAUGUCCAGUUCGUCUAAGCAUAGUAUUUUACAGACAUUUACUUUAUUAUUGAAAAAAGAAGUACAUUUUUUUAAUAUCCUGCUCUGUUGUUACGUGGUAUACUAACAGUAAGUAACAAGUUUAUUCAUUUUAUUAUCCUACCGUCAAAGCGGUUUAGAUACUUUAUUUUUGUAUGGCAAACACAUAAAUAACAAUAUUCCAUAUAAGUUAUUCAUAUAAAAUGAUUAAAACAAGGAUUAGUAUUAAGCACAUAUACUUCUACAUGCAAUAAUAACAAUGUUUCUUAAACAAAAUGGUUAAUUUAUUUUUAAGAUCAUGUUUAAUUCUCGGCCUGGCUUCAUUAAGCCAAUUUCAUUGUGGUCCAUCUUGUAAGUUAUAACCUUAUAACCAUGUUAGCGAUGUAUGGUAUAGUUGUUCUAAAUAACAAUUUGAAAAUUAUUGUCUCCAGUUUAAAAGAAUUAGUUGAUUCUACUUUAUUUACCUAAAUCAUAUUUAAUAAGUACAUUUUAUCAUUUUUGAUUUGUGGAGUGUACCUACUGUAGUAUUAAAGGUGACUUAUAUAUAUGUGGCUUGUAGUUAAUAAAAUUGUGACAUACA